AUGUCGGCAACUAUCACGACGCAGCUCGGCGAGGCACUGCCUCCAGGACAAAAACAUGCGAUUACUUUCCACCUCCCAAAAUGGACGAACGUGCUGCGUAUGGUGAACAAGGACAGGAGUAUUAUCGCUCAACUGAAAAGCUUUUAUCCUCGGAUGAUGCCCGGACAUGUUGAUGUUAAAGCGCUUUCGGUAGAAGUGUUGAAGUUCCUUCAGGUUCCAGAGGGAAACACGACAUUCAUCUUCACUUCACUGGUAUCAGCGGCGGAAUGCAUAGAUUUCGCUGUCAAGGGACCGAGGGUAGAUGAUGAGAAUCUCCCUGCCAUAGCCGAGGGACCUGAGACUCAACCAAUGCCUCGAGAAGAGCUCUCACUUCGAGUACUUGAAGUCGAGAAGACGGGUCAGAGGUUGUACGCUGUGAUUUUUUCGAUGGCCAAAAUGCCGAGAUUGAUGCAUUUCUGGGCAAACGCAGGAACUGGAAUCACGACCCGUGUUGCGGAAGAAAGUCUGCCUCAUGUUGAUUCUCUUCGGGAGAUUCCAAUUGACUCCCCAGCGAGAGAAAUCCCAGAAAGCCCAGCUCAUCUAGAGAUCAAAGAACGUAUCGCCACCCUCCUCGAACGCUCGCCCGUGGGCGGAGAAAGAAGUGUCAAAGUCACAAAAGACGAUAUCUACCUCUACCAAACCGGCAUGACCGCCAUCUACAAAACCCACAAAUACAUCCUCUCCACGCACACUCCGCCCCAAAAAUCCGCCCUCUUCGGCUUCGCAUUCUACGCCACCCUCCGCGUCUUCUCUGAUUUCGGUCCAGGUUAUAAACUCUACCCUUUCGGCACCGCCGACGACCUCACAUCCCUAACACAGUUCCUGGAAUCCGAGAAAGAAGCAGGGAGACACGUCCAGGCUAUCUGGGCUGAAUUCCCGACUAAUCCAUCCCUAACCGUACCUUCGCUUCCUCGUCUGCGUGAGAUAGCGAAUACAUACAACGCGCUCCUCAUAAUCGAUGACACGGUCGGCAGUUUCGCUAACAUCGACCUCCUAGGCUCUAAUGGCGUCGAUAUCCUCGUCACGAGUCUAACGAAAAGCUUCAGUGGUUACGCAGACGUUAUGGGCGGUUCAGCCGUGCUUAAUCCCCUUGGUUCGCGAUACCAGGAAUUAAAAACUCUCUACACGGCGAACUAUACACUCGACUACUCCCCCCUCGACGCCAGCGUUCUCGCUUCAAACUCGCGUGACUACCUCGUACGCUCCCACACCCUAAACACCAAUACCCAAUCCCUAGUCUCCUACUUCCAAACCCACGCCCAAUCUCCCUCCUCCCCUAUCAAAACCGUCCAACAUCCUACCACAAACCCGGAAUUCAAAGCAAACUACGAUCUCGUCAAACGCCCCACGACAGAGGAAUUCGCAGCGGGUUAUGGGUAUUUAUUUAGUAUCGUGUUUAAGAAUGUGGAUAUGCUGAGGGUGUUUUAUGAUAAUUUGAAUAUGCAUAUGGGACCGCAUCUCGGCGCGCAUCGCACGAUUGUGAUUACGUAUGUGAAGGCGUUGUAUGGCAAGGACUUGGGGUGGGCGGGGGGGAGGGGGUUGAGUGAGGCUUCAAUGAGAAUUGCGCCGGGACUCGAGGAUGUGGAUGCGUUGAUUGGGGAUUUUGAGAAUGCGUUGAAAGCUGUUACUGAUCAGGACGGGAAGACGGAGGGGGAUGUUGAGAAGGCGUUGGAGGGUGGGUUGGUGUCGCUAUAG